AUGCUGUAUUUACAGGAAAACUUCUGGCAAAAUGUGCAGGAAGUAUGGCAGAAAAUUAGGGGGCACAUGGAGACGCAAGUUGAUGAUCCCAUGAUACAGAAAUUGUGUGGGGGGGACGACGAUGAAGACGGAGAAGCCGGGAAACUGGAUGCGAAGACUAAAGCUGUAUGCGAGUUAACACUUAAAGCAUUAUCGUUUAAACACAGAAUUCCAUUCACUACGACCACUACGAACUCGUGGGCACGGGACAAUAGUGAAGAUAGCGUGGUACUUUACAUGAGGUGUAUGUUGGUAAAUAUCUUUAUGAAAAGGAUAAUGGGAGAGAACUGUGUAAAGACCGCAGGCGGGAAACGCGCAUUCGACGCAGCAUCUGGUUUCGUGGGUACGACGGGCACCGCGGCACGUAAUUCUACAUGUGAGAAAGCAGAUAUGGCACCAGGGGGUGACAUAGGCCGGGCACCAGGACCAAGGACUUUGACGGAUAUAAUGGGCAGGUGGUUUCAGCGGAAUAAAACGCGGUUAAGGGAUGGGGAUGUGGGCGUCCUGGGGCAGGAUUGUAAGGUACACACAGCAAAGACUGCAGAACACAUAAAGGAAGAAGCGACUAAAAAAAUUGAGGCACUGGGUACAGAAAUAGAGAACACAGUGAAGGAAAUAUUGCAGGAAAUAGAUAAAUCCCCAGAGGGAACAAGUAUGGAGAAUAUAAUAAAGACGGUGAAGCAGGGCAAGGACUCCGCUUCGAACACUCCACCACCACACGGACACUCACCGGGGGCACCACAGGCCCCAUCAUCAUCAUCAGGAUCAUCAUCAUCAACAACAUCAACACCGGGCAGGUCCGAAACGGGUACUACACAUACUGCAGUUGGCAGCGCCCAACCCGCAGAUAAUGAGGCGGCCACUACAGCAUCAAAGGAACCGACAGCUACAACAAAGGCUGGUAAGGGGCCAGAGACCGCAGACUCAGAGAAGAAGAAAGCCUCGAAGCCCGACGGACAGGCACCGCGAGAAUCAGUAGCAAGGGCAGAUCCAUCGGGAGCAGAGAAUGGGGGGUCGCAACCACCAGCACCUGCGUCUCCAGUAUUACCACACGCACCAUCAGACCCUGCAGCAGGGGAAACGCGACCAGGAGCAGUCGGCCCAGGACCGGGACCUGGACAACAACCACCACCUCCAGCACCACCGCGGCAGAAAGAAGCACAGGCAUCCGGAUCCGAAUCAGCCUCGGGACCUCCGGGACCAACAGGACCUAAGGCAGCAGCAGGCGACCAAAAGACAACAGGUAAGAAUUCUACAGUGCGCACACAACCAGAAACCACCAGUAGGGUACCUCAGGGGAAUGGUGACGGGUGUCCACAAGAAGUAGAGGAUGUGAAGGUACUCCUUACUUGCCUCGAUAAUGCAGACUCGCAGGAAACUAAAGGUGUGCAUACGCGCGACGACGCCGAACAAUACGAUGGAAAAGGUCCUGUGGGUCUCCCUGAUAGUUCCCGUACGAUCAGAAUAUCCGAAGGGACGUCUCCUGAAGUUUCAAAAGUACCCCCAGGUAUGACUAACGAACAUUCAGCAAAGGGCGACCUCAGACAAAAAAACCCAAGAAACAACAACAUUUCCGGAGACAGAGGGAGAGACAACACGGAGAGAGGCAGAGAGAAACCAAACGUCGAAUGA